CUGCAAUCCAACGUCGCUCAUGUUCAGCGGGGUAACUCGCGGCCUUAAGUUGAGUUCAACGUCUUGAGGUUGAGAGUCAAGUAGCCUAAGUUCUACAUGCUGUAAACAAACAAAGUUGACCCUGCUGGAUUGAGAAAAAAGUCGACCCUUGAUGCUGUUUGAUCCUGCCCGGCCUCCAUCCCACCCCCAAAAGUGCGGUCUUGCGACCUUUACGGGAUCGAGAAUACCAAGGCUUCACAUCUGUGACCAUUGAUGGCUCGGAUGAGAUCGACGCGAAGGGGGUGCUCGCGGUGGCACCCGCCUUGAUGAAGCUGACCCUCUGGAACCUCCGGUCCAGCGACCUGCUGCCGCUUCUUGAAGGUAGUGUCGGCCCAGGGCUGCAGCACCUCGACUUUGAACUGGGAUCGGGGUCAGAGCAGGCACACAGGGUUGCACGGGCCUUGUCCGAAUGCGCGGGUCUCCAGGAGCUGUGUGCCCGUGCACGCCUCUGCUUCCAGCAUGACAAUCUCAGGUCGCACCCUGCUGACCUGGCAACCGCACUGGGCGGCUUGCCGGCAGGCGUUCCACUGCGCACGCUCAGCAUUCCUAGUGUGAAGGACGUGGAGUCCUUCAUCCCGACACUGCAGCGCCUGACCUGCCUCACGCACCUCUGGGGUGGCUUCUGCCUGAGGCCGGCCCAGCUUGCCCAGCUCGCACAGCACCUGGUGCGCCUUGAGUCCCUUGUCAUUAGUGAAUUCCAGGCCAGCGAGGAGGAGAAGGCUGCACCACCCCCUCCUCAACUACCGCACCUGAAGCUCCUCUCUGUCAAGGACGACGGACAGGACCCUGCAUCUCUCACGACGCUCCUCCAGAGCACGCCACCCAGCUGCAAGCUCGACAUCCAUGGCAUGGGCCUGCAACCUCGCCACGGUGGCGGGCAGCGUUCAGAGAAGUGGGGGGCCCGCUUGAUCCAGGCCGCUAUGCUGAUUGCGGAAAGGGGCCAGCACUUCCCCGACCGCAAAAUGGAGAUGGAGCUUGGGCUAGGCGGUCCAGUGCUCCCACCCUCGUGGCAGGGAAGCUUCGGGCCUUUCCUGGCCUCACUGGCACGCCUGAACCUAAAAGAGCUGCACCUGUUUGAGGCCCUGGAGCUUGGCAUGGCAGACGUGUGUGCGCUACGGACACUGACAUCCCUGGAGAUGCUGGACAUCGGUGGCCCUGUAGUGCUGGUUGUGCUGCCGCUGCUGGUGCUGCCCAAGUUGACCCUGCUCAGGCUGCAAGUGCUGGAUGGGACCACUGUGAGCGGCCUGGAGGCCGUGCUCGUGGGCCUCUGCAACUCAGUACCAGGCCUGACAGUCUUCCUUUCCUACACCCCUGAGGGUCUGCGUGGUGCUCUGUGUGCAGCGGCAGAGCGCGUGAAUGAAGUGCUGCACAUGUGCAACAGCCAGCAGCAGCAGCAGCAGCAGCAGGACACCACGCGCGUGGUCUUGGUUGAGAGCCUGUUGGAAAAGCUUGGACGUCUGACCCCGGAAACCGUGCACGAGAAGCUUCUCAAGAAGCUGGAGACCGAGCGGCUGCGGCUGAUGAAACAGGCGACAAGGCUCGAUGAACACGUCAACAGUGAGAUUCACGCCAUUGACACUCUGCCGGACACCGCAAGCAACGACCUUGUCAGGAUCUGUCUCAAGGGUGAUCGGGAAGCUGUGCACAGCCUGCUAAACAAACUUGGCGGCGUCACCGGCUGGCAGACCAGCGCGGGAGGGCUCUACAAGAUCUCCAUGAACAUUGUGAAAACAGAUGGCCUCCGCAAAGCCUUCUUGGUACUCAUCGUGCCAAACUGGGAAGGUAACCGCCACACCCUGUCUCGGACGAGUGAUCAUUCGUCCGCGUUUCAUGAAGCUGCCAAAAAACUGGUAAGGGCCCACGCUGAGGCGGGCAUGAAGAAGCGGCAGCAUGAGGUCUACACCUACGAGGUGCACUUUGUGACUCGCACGGAGCGGACAAUGCACUAUGCCCACUUUGACGGAAGGUCCACCAAACCCUUCAUGCUGUACGGCGGCAACCCACUGUCCAAGUACUUCAAGGACUACAUGCCCAGCACCAAGGGUGCCAUGCUGCAGCAUCUCAAGCACAUCUUUGACGACGGACUGCUCACCACGCACAACUGGCCGUACAUAGCAUCCGCCCAUGACGUCUUUGACAUCCUGGGUGACAAGGAAGGGGCCGGCAGGGCAGCUGCUGUGGACAGCCUGCGCCUGGUCACCAGCCGAGACAGCUUUGCUGAGGGCAACCACUGGCUCAAGGUGCUCAAGUUCGAGGCCGUCCCGCCUUGCCGCACCCACAGCAGGCCUGACCCAAUCCGGCACGUGUAUGUAGCAGCCGGUACACAGGUGUUCGUCAAGCUUGUUGGGGAGCAGGAGGCCUACUUCCACGACCACUUCAGGGGCUACAACUUCACAAAGGAUGUGUGCAUUUGCCCCCACUCCUAA